CCGCCAUGGCUUUCGACUCUCUUUCUUCUUCCUCUUCCCUGUGAAAAUAUUUGGAAAACAGAGAUCGUGAAUUAGCUGUUAAAAACCCUAAUUGCAUCGAUCUGCUCAUUGUUUUAUUGAUUCCAAGUGAACAUGAGUAGGCCAAUGGAAGAGGAUACCAACCACGGAAAGACCGAAGAGGAGGAGUUCAACACGGGACCGCUUUCUGUUUUGAUGAUGAGUGUUAAGAACAACACUCAGGUGUUGAUCAAUUGCCGCAACAACAGGAAACUCCUUGGCCGUGUUAGGGCUUUCGACAGGCACUGCAACAUGGUUCUCGAAAACGUCAGAGAAAUGUGGACUGAGGUACCGAAAACUGGGAAAGGAAAGAAGAAAGCUCUUCCCGUCAACAGAGAUCGCUUCAUUAGCAAGAUGUUUCUCCGUGGUGACUCUGUCAUUAUCGUUCUCAGGAAUCCCAAGUAAGAGAUAGAGAGAUGUCAGCUGCUCCUACUUGUUUCCUCAUAUCAUACCCCUCGCUUCUUAAUUGUCAACCGAGAUACAUCUUUGAUCAUGAGUCUUAAAAUCUAGUGUUGCCUUGUACUUUUCACUUGUGUUCUGUCUUAUCUCGUAUGACUAAGAACCAGCCCUAAGUAGUAGUUUGUAAUAGCAAAAGACAGUUUCUUUGGUUAAAACUAUAGACAAAGUUACCUUA